UCGGCUAUAGAACCGAGAACCUUCCCUUCGCCGCCUAAGAUCUGCACUACACUAGAGUACACCGGCCCAGAGGACUCAUCUCAAAGGUAUGGCGAGCCCAAUGGUGGCGGCUCCAAUCCGCAUCAACAGCCUCAGAUACGCCCCUCCUUCCCCAGCACCCAGAGGACGGUUCGUGGCGGCGAGGGUGAGGGCGUCGGAGAAGCUCGGCGUGAGGCUGGAGCGCAACCCGGCCGAGUCCCGCCUCUCGGAGCUCGGCGUCCGCCAGUGGCCCAAGUGGGGGUGCGAGAAGAGCAAGUUCCCGUGGACCUACUCGGCCAAGGAGACGUGCUACCUGCUGCAGGGGAAGGUGAAGGUGUACCCCAGAGUAGUCCGCCCAAAUCGAUCAAAAAUCCCCGGCACCGUCCUCCCGGAAGCCACCGGCGGCGCCUAAACGCCGGUGUCCCACGGAGCCCAAUCCAUCUCUCUUCGCCUGUUCGCGGUCCGUUGAAAGCGAAAGAGGCCGUUAGGGUUUUGCCGGCGCCUCUCCGAUGGCGGAAGAUGCUGGUAGCCGGAUUGACAUAGCCAACCUCCUUUCCCUCAGCAAGGACCUCGUCGGGGUGCUCCGGGGCAGAAAGGACGUCGAAUCCCUCGCGCAGGCCUCCAACUUUGCACGGAUGCUGCGCUCCGCCAGCCACUCCAAGUCGGAGAACCUCGAGCGCC